GGGCGGGCGGGCGGGGGAGGAGCCGGCGGAGCGCGAGCCUGCGCCGUGGAGCCGGGCGGCGCUGGGCCCCGCACAACAAGGGGCGCGGGGCGGCGGGCGCGGGGGCCGCAGCCGGGCCGGGGCGCGGGGCCGGGGCCGCGCCGCGCGGGGGCCGAGGCGGCGGCGGCGGCCGGGGGUCGCGGGCGGGCGGGGGCCGGGGGCGGAGGAGGCCUGGCGGCCGGGCAGGGGCGCCAUGGCGGCCGCCGAGACGAAGAUCAUCUACCACCUGGACGAGCAGGAGACGCCGUACCUGGUGAAACUGCCCAUCCCGGCCGAGCGCGUCACGCUCGGCGACUUCAAGGGCCUCCUCAACCGGCCCAACUACAAGUUCUACUUCAAGUCCAUGGACGACGACUUCGGGGUGGUGAAAGAAGAAAUCUCAGAUGACAAUGCCAAGCUUCCCUGUUUCAAUGGCCGGGUGGUGUCAUGGCUGGUGUCUGCAGAGGGGUCACACUCAGAUGCUGGGUCGGUCUGUGCUGAUAACCAAACAGAGCUGCCACCCUCCAUGGAGCGCACAGGAGGAAUUGGAGACUCCAGGCCCCCCUCCUUUCAUCCUAACACUGGGGGAAGUCGGGAAAAUCUGGACAAUGAGACAGAGACAGACUCGGUGGUGUCAUCGCAGAGGGAACGACCUCGUCGGAAAGAUGGACCAGAGCAUGCACCUAGGGUGAAUGGGACGGUGAAGGGAGAGCGACGCCGAGACCUGGGCGGGUACGAGAGCUCCUCCACACUCAUGAGCAGUGAGCUGGAGACCACCAGCUUCUUCGACUCAGAUGAGGAUGACUCCACCAGCAGGUUUAGCAGUUCGACAGAGCAAAGCAGCGCUUCCCGUCUGAUGAGGAGGCACAAGCGACGCCGGCGGAAACAGAAGGCUCCACGGAUUGAGCGGUCAUCAUCCUUCAGCAGCAUCACAGACUCCACUAUGUCCCUGAACAUCAUCACGGUCACGCUUAACAUGGAGAAAUAUAACUUCCUGGGCAUUUCCAUUGUGGGACAGAGCAAUGAGCGUGGAGAUGGAGGCAUUUACAUUGGCUCUAUUAUGAAGGGCGGUGCUGUGGCAGCUGAUGGCAGGAUUGAGCCGGGAGACAUGCUCUUGCAGGUGAAUGACAUCAACUUUGAAAACAUGAGCAAUGAUGAUGCUGUACGGGUGCUGAGGGAGAUUGUGCACAAGCCUGGGCCCAUCACCCUGACUGUUGCCAAGUGCUGGGACCCCAGCCCCCGAGGCUGCUUCUCAUUACCUAGGAUUGCUCCCCAGCGGAUCUGGGCUGGGCCAGACUCUCCAUGCUCCGAUCCGGGUGAGCCCAUCCGGCCAAUCGACCCGGCAGCCUGGGUGUCCCACACAGCAGCGAUGACCGGCACCUACCCAGCGUACGGUAUGAGUCCAUCCAUGAGCACAAUCACUUCCACCAGCUCCUCCAUCACCAGCUCCAUCCCAGAGACCGAACGCCUCGAUGACUUUCACCUGUCCAUCCACAGUGAUAUGGCCACCAUUGUCAAAGCCAUGGCCUCACCAGAGUCAGGCCUGGAGGUGCGUGACCGCAUGUGGCUGAAGAUCACCAUCCCCAAUGCCUUCAUUGGUUCGGAUGUGGUGGAUUGGCUGUAUCACCACGUGGAGGGCUUCACAGACCGUCGUGAAUCCCGCAAGUAUGCCAGCAAUCUGCUGAAGGCUGGCUACAUCCGACAUACCGUGAACAAGAUCACCUUCUCGGAACAGUGUUACUACAUCUUCGGGGACCUCUGCGGCAACAUGGCUAACCUGUCUCUUCAUGAUCAUGAUGGCUCCAGUGGUGCCUCCGAUCAGGACACUUUGGCUCCACUCCCACACCCAGGAGCUGCACCCUGGCCUAUGGCUUUCCCAUAUCAGUAUCCACCACCUCAUCCAUACAACCCCCACCCCGGCUUCCCUGACCCAGGCUACAGCUAUGGAGGGGGCAGUGCAGGCAGCCAGCACAGUGAAGGGAGCCGGAGCAGUGGUUCCAAUCGCAGUGGCAGCGAGAGGAGGAAGGAGAGAGAGAAGACUGGGGAGUCCAAGUCAGGUGGCAGCGGGAGCGAGUCGGACCACACCACCCGGAGCAGCAUGCGGCGUGAGCGCGCGGCCAGCGAGCGCUCGGUGCCUGCCAGCCAGCACAGCCAGCGCAGCCAGCACUCCCUGGCUCACAGUAUCCGCAGCCACCACAGCCAACAGUCGUACGGGCCGCCCGGCCUCCCCCCUCUCUUCAGCCCCCCCAUGUUGCUGAUGCCUCCACCACCUUCAGCCAUGGGGCCCCCCGGGGCACCGCCGGGCCGUGACCUGGCCUCUGUGCCCCCAGAACUGACAGCCAGUAGACAGUCCUUCCGAAUGGCCAUGGGCAACCCCACAAAGAAUUACGGGGUGUUUGACUUUCUCUGAGCCUGCCGCCCGCAGGGGGGAGAGCUGGAGCGUGGCGUGGCCCGACAGGAGGACACGGAGCUCCAAGGGCGCUGGGCACGCAUGGCGCUGAAGAUGUCUUCUUUUCUCCCCCUAGCGGAAGACACCCUGCCCUUUCCACAGCACUGAGAGGGGAGCAGGGCCCAGCUCUGGCCUUAUAUGUGUUUAAAUCCAAGCAAGUGUAAUUGCCUUUUGGCUAAUGCAUGAAUGUUCCAGGGCUUCAGUGCCUCUGGGGAGUGGAGAGACGGUGCCACUUCCCCUUUGCCUCCCUCCCCUUGCCCCCCUUGGGCCAGAUCUGAGCCUGGCACUGCCCCAUGGCAGAACCCUCCUUCCCGCUGCCCUGGCAGCGAGGCUUGAGAUUGGGUCUCUUCCUCCUGCAUCCGGUCCUGACUGGUGCUGGGUGCCUAAACACGCAUGGUCCAGGCCCUGCAGCUGCCCUGGGGGUGUGCGGUGCGCGGGGGGGUGAAUGUAAGGGCAGAGCUCCGCUCGCUCUGCCAAAGGGAGCCCGGAGGCCCACGCCAUGCCCUUGGCGCUCGCCCUGCUCUUUGCCCUCCUGCCUAGCACACCCUGCUGCCUGUCUCCUGCGUAGGGGCUGGCCCUCCCCUGGGGCCCGCGUCCGCAGCUGGGGCCUUCCCCCUCCUGCUCUGCCACGCUGCCGCUCAGCGCUGUGACAUGUCCCAAGGUCAAUGCUGAUGUGUGGGUGGCCUGAACAGAGCUGGAGGGUGAGGGAGGGACACUUUGGUCCGCUUUCGUGCUUUUGGGGAAAGUGGAGGUCUCCUGUAUUUGCUGGCCUGCCUUCCCCUCUGCCCCGCGGGAUGAGCUCUGCCGGCCUGUCCGGGGGAGGGAAGGGGCUCUGGGCCCAGGAAGCUGCAGCCCUGGGCCUGCCCCGCUCCGGCCUGGAUGCGAACGGCUCCCUGAGGAGACACAAACUCUUCUGCGAAUUAAGGCUGCAGCCCGGGACUGCGGGGUUGGGUGCAGGGCCCCGGGCUCCGUGCCCACAGGAUUGCAAUGGCAGUUGAGUCCAUUUGCUGUGAUGCUCCCUGCUGUUUUUUUUUCCUUCCUCUUUGGGGCCCGCGGAGCCUUUCUUCCCCUCUCCAAGAGUGGAGGGGGAAGGAGAUGUGCCUUGGGUGUGUGUGUGUGGGGGGGGGGGGGGGCAGCCCCUUUCCCGGUGCCCGGGGCUGAGCACGGUACAGUACAGAUGCGCUCGACCCUGCUCCCAUUGGUGCUGGCGCCCUGGCGCCCUCUCCUACUGCUGACCAUGGCUUUCUCUGCAACAGUGUUGGCUCCUUUGGCCUUUCUUAAGUUUGAAGUUUUUGUAUUUUGGAGAUGAAAUGUAUUUUGCUCCUCUGGGGUCUGCGUUGUGCCUGCGCCCCCCUCUGCCAGCCCCUCUGUGCCACCAGUUCAUCUCCCUGUGACUCCCUAAAACCUCUCCUCUCCCCGUGCCUGCUGGUGCCGGUUUGCCCAGUGCCCAGUCUCUGCCACCUUCCUGUCCCCUGAUCUUGGUGCUGGCAAGCUGCCACCUGUCCCCUCUCUCCUGCCUCUUGUAAUGCCACCCAGCAGCCCCCCGACCACCGCUCACUGCCCUGCCCUGCCCGCUGGGUUUUAUAAAAACAAAACCAGUCUCCUUGUUUUUAUUUAUAAACAUAGUUUUAUUGGA